CUAUUCCGCGGCCCAGGGGGUCCCUCCGCCAGGCUGUUGUGGUGGUUGCUGAGCAGAGGAUCCGGAGACCCAGGCUGGCGAGGGGAGCCCCUCGAGAUCCGCCUGGGUCUCUUCCGCCCCGUGCCCCGUCAGACGCGCCCCCCUUCUUGCACCCCGUGGGAAGGGAAGGCAUGUCUUCUCCCAGCUCCGUGGACAUGAUUGAAACCCCCCCGGUGCUCAACUUCGAAGAAAUCGACUACAAAGAGAUAGAGGUGGAAGAGGUUGUUGGACGAGGAGCCUUUGGAGUAGUUUGCAAGGCAAAAUGGCGGGGAAAAGAUGUGGCCAUUAAGCAAAUAGAAAGCGAAUCUGAACGGAAAGCCUUCAUUGUAGAGCUUCGACAGUUGUCACGUGUGAAUCAUCCUAAUAUCGUCAAGUUAUAUGGAGCUUGUUUAAAUCCAGUAUGUCUUGUAAUGGAAUAUGCUGAAGGAGGUUCUCUCUAUAAUGGUACGCGGCCACCACUGAUAAAAAAUUUGCCUAAGCCUAUUGAGAGUUUAAUGACUCGAUGUUGGUCUAAAGAUCCUUCACAGAGACCUUCCAUGGAGGAAAUAGUCAAAAUAAUGACACACUUGAUGCAGUAUUUUCCAGGAGCUGACGAACCUCUACAGUAUCCCUGUCAGUAUUCUGAUGAAGGCCAAAGCAACUCUGCUACUAGUACAGGUUCAUUUAUGGACAUGACUUCCACAAACACCAGUAACAAAAGUGAUAUCAACAUAGAAGCAAAUGAUUUUCAAGGAACCGCUACGAAUGACACCAUUAAACGUUUGGAAACAAAAUUGGCCCAACAGAUGAAAAAUCCAGCAAAGCAGGUGGGAGAACAGGGCCGUUUGAGUUUACCUCCAUCUCGUGGUAGUAGUGUGGAGAGCUUGUCAGAUGUUCGUGGGCGACCACAGUCAGCUCAUGUUCCAGGAGAAGGCAAGCUAAUGAGCGCUGACAUGUCAGAAAUUGAAGCAAGAAUUGCUGCUUCUGCAGCCUUUUCCAAACCUAAACGAGGCCAUCGUAAAACUGCUUCAUUUGGCAACAUUCUGGAUGUCCCAGAGAUCAUCAAACCAGUAGGCAACGGACAACAGAGGCGCAGAUCCAUUCAAGAUCUUAGUAUAGCUGGAACAGAUUCCAACCAGAAUAGCAGAAACAGCAGUAGAUCCUCUAGUCCUAGUGUGAGAAUGAUCACUACCUCGGGACCAACCUCAGAAAAACCUGCUCGUAAUCUACCAUGGACCCCGGAUGAUUCUGCAGACACCAAUGGGUCUGAUAACUCCAUCCCAAUGGCAUAUCUUACAUUAGAUCAUCAGUUGCAGCCUCUAGCACCAUGUCCAAACUCAAAAGAAUCUAUGGCUGUGUUUGAACAGCACUGUAAAAUGGCCCAAGAAUAUAUGAAAGUUCAAACAGAAAUUGCCUUAUUGCUGCAAAGAAAGCAAGAACUAAUAGCAGAACUGGACCAGGAUGAAAAAGACCAGCAAAAUACAUCACGUCUAGUACAAGAGCAUAAAAAGCUUUUAGAUGAAAAUAAAAGUCUCUCCACCUACUACCAGCAAUGCAAAAAACAAUUGGAGGUCAUCAGAAAUCAACAACAGAAACGUCAAGGGACAUCAUGAUUCAUGGGACCCCAGAUUGACAGUGAAGCACAGGAACUUCUUUUUUUUUAAUUAUCCCAUAAUAUGACAACUUCCUUAUUGGUGUGUGCUGAAUGUGUAGACCUGCUGCUCUUCCAAAACCAAUGCAGUAUGGUUUUCUUUGGGUGAACAUUGAGUUGUUUGAGAAAGUUAAGAGCGGCUACAUGAAUAAUCAACACACUAACCACGAAGCAAAAUAUAAUGAACUCUGGCUGUUUGCAUGCCCCUGGUGUGAUGGCUAUCCUACCAAAACUGAUUAAGUGGCUGCUAUAUUGUAAGAUCAUUAGGUUUUCAUGCAAUAGGAGCAGUAUAGAAUUUUUCUAUUUUUAAAACGUUUUUGUUCUUUCCUUUUGAACUGUUUGCCAAAGCAGUCAUUUUCCAGGACUCCUGAUUAGAUCAUGUUCAAGAGAUAAUGCUGGUGAAACAAUGCAUUCUUCUAAUUGUGUUGUUCUUCCAUGCAUUUGGCUCUUCUAUAUCAAAGGGAUUUCUUAGGCAUAUCUCUUAAGUAUUCUGAUGCAGUGGGAGAGACAUCAAGAGAUAGUCCCUUUCAGGCCUUCCCGGUCCUUUUAUAUGAUCCCUUCCUUGAUUUCUCAUCACGAGCAACCUUCCAGACCUCUAGUUAGCGGUUGACAAGAAUAGUAGUUUCAUCGUCUUAUACUUUAGAGAUUAAGUGAAUUUGCUUGCCAAAUACAAGCAUUUCUGUUCCAUCUUUUGGAAGCAAUAAUUAGAACUUGGUUGGAAAAUAACUUGGGUUAACCGCAUACAUCCUCAAUUUAGUAAGUUUUCCCCUUUACCACCUUCUUUUUGUUUGUUUUAUAACAAGACACACAACAAAAUGAUGGUUUCAUAUAUGACUCUGUGCCCCAAAUUUCAAAAGUACUGUGGAAAAUACCAUAUGAGUUUUGCAAAUCAGGUCUUUGAAAGAAGUCUAAUUAAAAAAAACCAAAUUUAUCAAAUAAUUAAAAAUAUACCUAUCAAUCUGUACUUAGAAUUGUUUGAUAGAAAUACAUUAAAUUUCAUCUUCAGAUACCAGGGGUAAGCAAUUUCUUGUAGCCAGAGAUGCCACUUUUCCUUGUUUAAGUAUUUUUUUUCCAUUCUAUGGGGGCUGGAAGGAACAUAGCAAUCAUAUCACAGGCAUAAAUGACAUUUUUGGCCGUGAAUAUUUGUGGGGUGAGGCGAAGGAAUAUUAGAUGGAAAGUAUUGGGUCUAAUGAAACCUUAAGUAUACUUUUGCUUGUUUUUCAUGCCCACCAAAAUCUUUUUUAACUAAAAAUUUGGCAGCACAAUCUGACUGGGCUUGCCUCUUGGGGGGAGUUAUAAACUGAAAUGUUUACAUUGAAAGGUAGCUAUGAGUACUGGAACUAUAUUUUUUGUUCUGUAUGAAAUACGAAGCCAAAUCCUUCGCCUGUUCCUUGCAAAUAGGACCUGCAUUCAACACAGCCUUUUCUCAUGAAGAAAAUAUAUGAUUGUAGCCUCAACAUGGCAAUACAUUUCUUAAGCUUUUGAAACAACUUUGGGUAUUGAAUGACUUGAAACUUUACAGCAGUGAUUGUUAUUGUUAAACUACCCAAGCGCUAUUUGAAAUCUUGGCUUUCAGUUCAGGUUUGCGUCAUAUAAAAUUGUCCUUUAUAGAACAUUCUGAAAACAUUUGAUCUGUGCUAGCUAUUCUCUCAAAGCAUGAAAGAAAAGAUAAGAUAUUUCAAAUCCACAUGGUGACCCCCAAAUACUUUUUUAAUGUAACUUUGACUUCACAAAACUCUAUGUAUUACUGGCAUGCAUAGAGUUAGAAUGUGACAUUCUGUUGUCUUCUCAUCAAC